AUGUCGUUUUUCGGCAACUUUGACGUGGCCAAGCUGGCGUCGCAGCUCGGCAAUUUCAGCAUCCCCGACGAGCCCGACAUCAUCAACCCAGGCCACAAAGACUACGGCUACACUAACCAUGGCUCUCACGACGGCUACGACGGCCGCCCGCCCUCGGGCUACCCGGGCGGUCCUCAGAACGGAGCCGACGACUACAAGCGCCAUCACCCCGCCGCUUUCGGCUCCAGUGACCCCGCCCGCUCCGCCUACUCCGACCCGGUCUCCGAGGGCACCGCUAUGUCCUCCAUGGCCGCCGGCGUCGCCGCAGGAGCGGCCGUUGGCGCCUACGGCUCGCAGCCCCAGUAUCCCACGCCUCAUCCCGGGCGGUACGGAGACGCCGGCGGGUCGCCGUCGAGUCCGUAUCCUCAGCAGCAGCAGCAGCAGCAGCAGCAGUCCUACUACGGCCGGCCCCCGUCACCCGGGCAUGGACGACCGCCGUCACCGCGGCUUCCAGCUGGUUGGUCGAAGCGCUUUGACGAGCACAGCGGGCGGUGGUUCUACGUCGAACAGGCCACUGGCGUUUCGCAGUGGGAGCCGCCCGCCGCCCCUUCGCCCGUGGUGUCGCCUCCGCCAAUGUCGCCGGGAUACGGCGGCCACGGAGAGGGGCCAAGGUAUGGUGCACACUCUCCGCAGCCGGGAUACUCACCUCAACCCGGGUACGGAGGACAUUCCCCUCAGCCGGGAUAUGGGGCGUACCCCGGCGCAGCUGCCGGUGCUGGUGCGGGGUACUACGCCAGCCAGCACUAUGGACAGGGCCAGCAACAACACGGCUACGAGCAGUCCCAAUCCUACGGUCAAUCCCAUGGCCAACAGUACGGCCAGCCUCAUCCGCAGCAGCACUACGGCCAGUCUUACCAGCAGGGAUACGGCGGCGAGGAGGACACGAAGAAAAAGAAGAAGAAGAAGAGCGGCAAUGGGAACAUGCUGCUCGGCGUGGCAGGCGGCCUCGCGGUUGGCGCCCUUGGAGGCGCCCUCCUCGCCAACGCCCUAGACUCCGAUUCCGACCACGAACGCGAUUCCGAACGGCGCUCGUCCUCUGGGUCUGAGGACCACUACCACUAUCGCGAGCGCGACGACAGCCACGACAGCCACCGGGGGGAGGAGUACGAUGAGGAGGAGGAGGAGGAGGAGUUGUACGAUGACUGA